GUAUUUGAAUAUUAUAUUUCGCAUCAUCUAGGAAAACCCUUUGAAUCAAUUUUCGGUGGUGUUACUUGUUUACCUGGAUGUUUUUGCAUGUAUCGUAUUAAAGUACCAAAGUAUGAUGGUCAUAUAGUACCAAUCCUUGCUAAUCCAGAUGUUGUGGAAAUGUAUGCUUCAAACAGUGUAGAAACGUUGCAUCAAAAAAAUUUAUUGCUUCUUGGAGAAGAUCGUUAUCUUACAACUUUAAUGUUACGAACAUUCCCAAAAAGAAAAAUGAUAUAUGUACCCAAGGCUAUAUGUAAAACUGUAGUACCAGAUAAUUUCAAAGUUUUAUUAUCACAACGCCGAAGAUGGAUUAAUUCAACAAUUCAUAAUUUAAUGGAACUUAUUUUAGUACCACAACUUUGUGGUAUAUUUUGUUGUUCUAUGCAAUUUGUAAUUUUCUUGGAAUUGGUUGGAACUGUAGUAUUACCUUCAUCACUAUUGUUUAUGAUAUAUUUGUUUUUUCCAGCUAUGAGUGGCAGUGACGUGAAA